CUACAAUACGGACCCCGCGAUGUAGUAAUAGUGGCUCUUUGUGGCUGAGUGUUAUGCCCGCCACACAACUUUCGUCGCUGGAGUCACACUCGCCAGUAAACUUUCUCCAUGCACCGUCAUCGCUUACUGCUCUACCUUUACCGCCAUUAAAAGGCCAUCCAGACGCCGCCUCCGCCCAUGUUUCGGUAUUACCCGUAAGAGGAGAAACCGGCGACUAGAAAUAAUGAACUCGCUAGAUAACUGCAUUCCUAUUGCCCAAUCCCGAUAUUAGUGGUCAUAAACGGCGACAAGUCACAACAUCAGCUCAAUAUGUGUUCGCUGGCAAGCAUAUGGAUAGAAUGGGACCGGAAAAGCGGAAAAUUCUUAGGCAAUUACCAAUCAAGAUCCUCAUUCUACUAGGAGCGUUCGUCAGUGCGCAGAAAAUUCGCGAUGCCAAAUUGAAACAAGUGGAAGCGCUCUGCGAAGCAGCUAAAGUCCGCCUUGGCCCGCUCAUGCGGAGCUCCCGUGACGAGAAUUUUCAACGCUUGUACGGGGAGAUUAAUGGCCUUCGUGAGUCCAUCCCCGCCCAAAUAUCAGGCAAUCUAACGGCCACGACGAGCUCCGCCGUGCUCGAGAAUAGUGAGACGCACUCUUGCCUACUCCCACGUCGAUUCAUUAUAGGACGAGCAUCGCUGAAAAUUCGCUCGGCUACCAGGUACCAAUCUCUCGUAGCACCCGAAGGCCAUUGCUACCGCGACCCCAACAGCCUCGACGGAUGCCUCUCCGUCAACGCCAGUUGUUUCCUUUAGUCGUCUGUUCCCUUCGCCGAGUAUCUUUCAGGAUCCAUGUCUUGGGGAGAGUCUCUGUCGUGCCAUUGCGGCAAGCUAAUAUUGGCGAUCCGACUCGACUUAC